AUGGCAGAAUCACAGGAAAAGUUAGUAGAAGUUUCGCUGAAAGAUCAAGGCAAUCAAUUCUUCAAAUCAGGGAAUUAUCUGAAAGCUGCUGCUCUUUAUACUCAGGCCAUUAAACAAGACCCCUCAAAUCCCACUCUUUACAGCAAUCGUGCAGCAGCAUUUCUGCAUUUGGUUAAACUGAACAAAGCUCUUACUGAUGCAGAGACAACGGUCAGUUUGAAACCUGACUGGGAAAAGGGCUAUUUUAGGAAAGGAUGUGUCUUAGAAGCCAUGGAAAGAUAUGACGAUGCCUUAGCUGCUUUCCAGACAGCCUUGAAGUACAAUCCACAAAGUUCGGAGGUAUCAAAAAAAAUCAAGGGGCUUAUGCAAUUGUCAAAAGAUAAAAAGCGAGCUCAAGAAGUGGAAAAUAUGAGAUUGAAUGUUGAUAUGGCAAAACAUUUGGAUACAAUGAAAUUUGAAUUGUCUGAGAAGUAUGGAGGAGAAGAUUGUUGGAAAGAGAUCUUCUCUUUCCUUGUAGAAACUAUGGAGACUGCGGUAAAAUCAUGGCAUGAGACUUCUAAAGUAGACCCUAGAGUUCAUUUUCUCCUCAACAAGGAAAAAACAGACACUGAGAAAUAUCCUCCUGCCGUUAAUAUUGAUAAGGCAUUUGAAUCACCCCAUACUCACAGCAGUUGUGUCUCAUUCCUUAGACAGUAUGCUCAAGAUUCUUUCUCUCAAGCUGCUUGUUUAGUGGCACCGAAAAGUAUAAUAUCCUACCCUCAGGUAUGGAAAGGUCAAGGAUCAAGGAAAUGGAAGCAUGGACAGCAUGAUGGUUUCUUUAUCCAAUUUGAAUCGCCUUUAUUACGGAGAUUGUGGUUCGUCCCCAGUUCUACUGAAAAGGGGCAAAUCUUGUGCAGGGAUCCUGUUGGGUUAGACAUCAGUGUGCAUGAAAUUCUUCCUCUCCUAUUCAAGCAUGCAGAAUAG